AUGGAGCCCGAAUUCUUGGAGGUCGAGGUCAAUGGUCUAGCAGGACAUCUCUGCCAUCUCCACCUCAACCGCCGACAGAGGCUCAGCGUGCAAGAUCUCAAGACGACCAUUGAGGAGCACUGCAGCAUCGCUGCGGUGGAGCAGCGCCUUUUCCUGAACUCCACGGAGCUCUUCUCCACGGAGCAGCUCCUGAACAGCUCGGGUCGCGAGCUGACCUUGGUCCGACGUAGCAGCUUGCAGGUCCAAUGGCUUCAGGAGGUUUCAAAGAAUGGGAAAGCCUUUGCCGAAGCGCCCCUGGAAGUCUUGAGAGACAAGGAGAUCGAGAACAAGCCGCCCCCGGUGGCAAUCGAGACGGCUCAGGCUGCGGAACUCAUCCAUGACAGCCAAGUGCCCUUCGAGGCACCACUCCCUCCAUCGAGAGGGGCCGCGAUCAACGCCAUGCCGUGCACUGACCGCUGGCGCCAGGAGACCAUUUUCGAGGCCUUGCAGCAAGAUUGGCGUUUGUUGCAGUAUGUCCCUGAAGAUCUUCGGGAACAAAUCGACAUCAUCGAGGCGGCGCUCCAGCAGGGCGGAUCCGUCUCGCGCGUGGUCCCGGAGCACCGCCGCGGCGACGCACGCUUGGCACAAGCGGCGGUGAAGUUGGACGGCUCUGCCUUGCGCUAUUUUGAUGCGGAGGUGAUGGAAGACAAGGAUCUGGUGAUGAAAGCCGUGAAGCAGUAUCCUGAUGCUUUGGAGUUUAUCCCAAAGCAUUUCCUCAAGGAUCCAGAUGUGAUUCGAUGCGCGGUGGAGUCCGAUGGGACCUGCCUCUCUUACGCGCAUGAAGACUUACGAGGCGAUGUUGACCUGGUUUUCGCGGCAGUUCAGCAGGAGGGCAUGGCCCUCGAGUAUGCCAGUGAAGAGCUUCAGGCAGAUCGCCGCCUGGUGCUCGCCGCACUCCGCGCGGACGGCUCGGCGCUGCAGUUUGCGGGCGAUGCCCUGCGGGAGGACGAGGAGGUGGUCUAUGCGGCCCUACGCUCAGACGGCUUGGCGUUGGAGUUCGCACAUCCCAGCAAGCGUAGCGAUAAGGAGCUGGUGCUCUUCGCCAUUCGGAAGGAGCUUAUCGAUGAAUUAGAUCCCGUGUCGGCCAAUCGAUAUCGAGAUGCACUCUCAGAAGACGAAGCGGGAGAAGUGGAAGUGACCAUAUGGCAUGCUGGACUAUAG